AUGAAAUUUGAAGAUCGCAUAUUGAAUAAAUCAAUCCCUGAAUGGAAAUUUUACAAUAUUAAUUAUGAGAAGUUGAAACUAGUCAUAAAAAAGGUAACGACUUAUGAUCAUGACAAUUCAAAUGACUCAGGCAUUGAGAAGUUGUUGAGUCAAUGUGCAGUAGCCUUCGACCACGAAUUUCAAAAUGUUAAUUUAUUUGUUUCUUUAAAGAUCAAAGAAAUUUCAACACGUAUUCUUUCCGUUGAAUCCUCAAUAAUCGAUUUUUCGAAGGGCUUAAACAAAAGUUCCAGAAACCGUUUCAACCUCCGCAAAUUGAAAAUUAUCAAUGCUCAUGUAGACGAUUGUAACUUUGAACUACAAUUACUGUCAAGGUUUUUGAUAAUACAAAGGAUUGCCUUGAGAAAGUUAUUCAAAAAAUUACUAAAUGAGUUUCCCCAAGACAGUAAAAAUCCUUUAACUGCAAAUGAUUAUGUUACAUCAAUCAGAAAUUCAGAGAAUUUAAGAAAUGGACACGAAGGCAUAUCGUUUAUGAAGCUUGAUCUAGAUCCAUAUCUUUUGGAAGUUUCGUUAAUUGUUGAUGUUUUACAUGACUUGGAAAAUAAGCUUGAGGAUGCCGCUGAACCAGUAGAAGAGCAAAGUCCCUUAAACUGCUCGGAUGAUUCUGGCCCCACAAGUUCAAGCCCAGAAGCCCAUAAUUUCUCCUUACCACCAUCUCCGAGGUCAAUCCCGUUACUUUCAAAUAAGAAAACUUCAAAAAUGAUUGAUUCUUCGGUAGAAUUUGAUACCGCCCUCAUUGAUAAAGCUGAGACUCUCGGAAGGUUUUUAUUAUCGUCCGAGGAUAUAGAGGGAUUGAAGUUCAUGUUAUUAAAUAUUGGGUUUAGAAUAAUUGACGAUAGUAUUAUAUCUACUUCGAAAGAGAUUUUAGACACGACGGAUAACAUUAAUUCAGCAGGCAACAAAUCAAUAAGAUCAGCGAAGUCAUUUAAUGACUUACAGCAUACAUUAUCCCGAUCUAAACAGAAGAACAUACUACCAUCUGCAGUACAAUCCAAUGAGAAGCACGUUUCUCUUAGCAUACUAGAUACUAACGGGAACGAAGGUAGUCCCUUAUUACUUACUGAUGAUAAUAUAAAUCAGCACCCGAACAUGAUAAUCAGCUCUACUACUGAAGAUAAUUGUAUAUUAAUGUGCCACGUGGGUGGCUUAAGAAAUCACGUUGUUACAAAUGAUUUACUUUUAAGGCAUGUCAAGCAUAUUCUCUUGGCCAUGAAGAAUGGAAACAAUACAAAGAAUAUUAGCGCUCUCAUAAAUUCGCUGGAUCCAUCACCAAUCAGUAAGAUAGCCUUGGAAUGGAUUCAGUCCCAUCAAUUAAGAACCAUUGAACCCAAGCUGGAUUUCAAGAGAACAAGAUUCAUAUCGGCAGAUAAUGGGGAUAUAUACUUAAUAGCUUUGGAUGAAUCUAUUACCAUCGGAAAUGUAUCUACAUUACCCUUUCCAAUUUUAGAGAUUAAAAAGCUUAGUCGGUCCGGUGGUUUUCCACAAACGACAAUUAAUGAUGACAAAAAGUUUAAACAGUUGAUGAAAUCAUUUGUUACAAAUGAGUUUCAAUGCAGUCUGAUACCACCUGAUUUAACCACAUGGAAAAUAUGUUUAGAAUUGGUACAUUCAAAUGAAUUGCAAAAUGAUCUAUUUCAACUUUUAUUAAGAGAUCAAUAUAAACUAAGUACUGAUGAUUCGCUCUCACCUGAUGAGUUUUUCCAGCUGGGCAAAGAUCAUUUAGAGGAAGAGUUUGACUUGACUGCGCCAAUAAACACUUCUCAGGGAAGUGCUAACAGCGACAGGAGAGUUCGAAUUAACAAAAAGUCAAAGCAGCAAGAUAAAGAAACUAAAAAGAAACCCAUUAGGUAUUGGAACGAAUUUGAUGAACAGGAAGAGGAUAAUUCGGAUAAUGCUUUUUACAUUGACACUAAUGGAAGCAGGAGUACAACAGAUAAUGAGGAAUCCUUAGUUUUAAGAAAUUCUCCAGCAGACUAUGGGUUUAUUUUGUUUAGCAGGAAUUUCAUUAACCGUACAUAUGAUUUUUGUGAAAAGUUACGGAACUUGAUCCGCCACGACAAGAAAACAUCGCCAACUUCGAUGCACAAUUCUAAGCGCCCCCAUUAUUCAACUAGCUAUGGUUCUCUGGCAUCAUUUAGUUCACGAUCAACGUCGGCAUCAUAUGAUGACGUUCAAAGAUACUUACAAUACCAACAGCAAGAUAUAGAGGAUUCGCAAUCCAUCUAUGAAUAUAGGCAUGAUGAAGUAGUUACAUUUUUAUACUUAUCUGCAUUGCUAACUUCUUGCAUUAUGGCGAGUGUGUGUCUAGGGAUCGUUUUGUCCUUGUUUCGCGGGCAAAAUAACAAUGAGAUAGAUUUAGAAAUUCAGAAUAUUCUCAUAGCCAUUAUUAUUAUUUCCCUAUUGGUUUCCCUCAUUUUGAUAUGCGCCUGUUUGUUGUUGUUAUUUAGCAGGUUCACUUUGGCACCAAUUUGGCAUUAUCUUGGUUGUUUCACAAUGUUUUUCUCAGUUACUGGGACUGUGUGCUAUGGUAUGAUUGAAAUUUUCUUUUAA